AUGGAGAGAACUGAUAUCUCAGAACUUCCUGAAGAUAUACUGAAAGAAAUUAUGGUACGUGUGCCUCUUGAAUCUUUGGUUGAUCAAUGCAUCUGUGUCUGCAAGAAAUGGAGAUCAACAAUCCGUGGAGAAGAAUUCAAAAAGCUUUACUGGGCCCAAUCCAUUACAAGACCUCGCUUGCUCUUCGAUUACAUUCGGACGUUCGCCCAACACUCAGAUUAUUUGUUACAGUCUGUUUAUCAACAAGAGGAACCGUUGUUGUCGUCUGCUCUAAAAAAGAUGAUUAUCUCUUCAGCACGAGAGUAUAAAAUGUUUUGUGCACCCCAACGAGGUUUGGUCUGUCUUGGAUAUGAAACAAAGUUUGUGCUAUGCAACCCGGCCACCAACAAGUUUAAGGCUUUACCGGAAUGCAAAAGGCUUCGACCAGAAAGAGAGUCGAAAAUAAUUUGUUUCUUCGGAUACGAUGAAGUUACAAAAGUAUUCACAUUUUUAAUCUCGGAAACUGAUUAUCGUUGUACACGUAAAUUUUCGCAUAACUAUAAGCCAUUAAUGCGACAACAAGUUUUCACGGUUGAGCUAGCCGAGCUCAACGAGAAUAUCAAAGAAAAACCUUGGAGAGUGAUCAAAUGUGAGCAUAAUCAUGUCCCAGUUACUAAAUCACUAUGUCUGAAGGGAGUUUUAUACUAUGGAGCUAAGUCCCUUGUGGAGAUGGAUAAAUCUAUGAUAAUAAGCUUCGACAUGAGGUCUGAGGUGUUCACAAUUAUAGACAUGCCUAAAGGAGUAAAACUUGCGGACUUUGAUGAUAGAUUGGUGAACUAUAACGGGGAAGUUUGCUUAGUGAAAGACUCAGGGGAUGUGAAUCAUGUGAUGGAGGACGGCACUAGAGUGUAUGAGAUUUAUGUUAAAGAUGAAAAUGCAAUAAGAAAAUGGAGGGAAGAGCCGGUUGUGAUUCCUUGUUUGGGAGAUGCUGUUCGGAAUGUGAGGUUUUGUUGCGCAGGUACCAUUAAUGGAGCAACAGGGGAGCUUAUACUUGUUUUCGCAACGGAGUUGGGGGCGCCCUGGAAAGAAACAACUCCUUUUGUGUUGUAUUACGACACAGCCACACGUAAGGUGAGAUUGUUUAAGGUCGAAGGAGGAGUGGAUGAGGAUUUAUAUUCCUCUGGUCGAACCUUUGUGAAUCAUUGUGAUAGUCUUUUGCUUUCGUAA